AUGAUUAUUCUGCUAAGUUGGAAUCGGAAUUUCAAUGAUAUCACUCUAGGCAAGGAAAUUGCUCGUGGAUGUACUGCAAGGGUGCCGAGGAUAGGACAGGGUCGGGACCACAACCAUGGCCAAAGAAAUUCACCACCUAAGAUCGCGACUGAUUUUGAAUCUUAUUCGCCAGCUCUUAAGGUUCGUUGGACUGUGGAACUAGCGAUUUCUGAGCGUCGGUCAAAUGGUGUCGGAAGUCGAGAAACAGCUAUCGUUGGAAGCCUAUACGUUGUCAAACAAAAAAUCCAAAAAUACCAUCACCUAGCUUCCCCUACACUACUACCCAAUAGCGUAAAAGGCGAGGUCGAAAAGGACCGAAACCCUCCAUCGACCACCCUCGUCUCCCCAAACGAAGAUGAUGCAAACGAGUUAACAUACUCUUCAAACCCUCCCUUAUCCCCAAAAUGCCCCUCUGGAGCCCUCAAAACACUCUGGCAACUCACUCUCGCCCUCCAAAUAGCUCACGACCUGCCUCAUCCCGGGCCUUGCCGUCUGCUCGUGGGCCGAACACAUCAAGCCCAACUUCAACACCAUCAAAACCUCAUCCCGAUCAAACCCACCACCUUUCAUCCUCGGGUCCACCACACUCAUAACCCUCCCUUCCUUCCACUCGCUCCACACAUGUUCGGCCAAUACGAAAUCCUCGGGCCCGGAUUUACGCUCAAUGGGCCUACGCCCACAUACAACCUCUAG